AUGGAGGGUUUGUGUGGCAGCCUCUCUGAUUCCAGCAAGACAACCAGCCUAGCUGCAGAGAAGUCUUAUUCCUCCAGCCUCCCUGGCUGUGAGAUUCAGCACACAGACACAGUCGACAACUCGAUCGACUGCAGCCUCGCCACCGACCACUGUAAUCUCCUGAGGCAGGCUCCCUUCUCCGCCUGUCACAACCACACCAAUCCAGAGCCGUUCAUCACCGCCUGCACAGAAACUUUGUGUAACUACCGUCUAGUUGAUGGUGUCGACUGCCAGUUCAUGGACGCUUACGCCCAGUCCUGCAGUCUGAAGGCAGACAUCACCCUGGAGGACUGGAGGUCAUCAACCACCUGCUCUGAAGUCCCUGUUUGUCAGCAGCUCUGCAGUGAACAUGAGUUCUGUGGAGAGAAAAGGGGGCGUGGCCACUGCCUCUGUCGGGGUGUGUUCGCCUCCAAAUACACGCCAACCAACUCUUUAGGCGAGCCGGCGGUGUGCAGGGAGGAGUCGGCCUCUGUGACUCUGGCUGGAUGUCUUCUGGCUGACAAAGGCAUCGAUUACUCAGUUUUACACCUGAACGACCCCAACUGCAAGGGCCAAAUGGACAACGAGACCCACAUGGUGACCUUCGGAUUCGACAGCAGCAACAUCUGCGGGACGGAGGUCGUGAAAAACAACAGCAUGAUCCUCUACAAGAACGCCAUCAUGACGAGGAACAUGUCAGAGUACGGCGUGAUCACGCGUCACAACCAGAUCCAGAUCGACUUCUCCUGCCUGUACAAAGAGCCGGAGAUCAAGAGUUUCGCCUUCAGGAUCAAAGACAGCUCUGUGGUGCAGGGGCUGACCUCUGGAGAGUGGAACUACACCCUGCAGAUGAGCGCCUACCUGGACCAGAACCUCCUGUAUGUCGUGAAGCCAGAGACAGAGCUGCUGCUGAACCAGAGGAUCUGGUUAGAGCUGAAGACGGAGGGUUUGGACGAGAACAGAGUCUCCAUCGUGACUGACUCCUGCUGGGCCACCAGCCAGUCGUCUCCAAACGGCAGUCUGAGAUACGACCUCAUCAACAGCGGAUGCCCGAACGCUAACGAUGAGACGGUGAGACUGAGUGGAAACGGACAGGGAACCUCCAACGUUUUCUCUUUAAACAUGUUCGAGUUCAACGGAGGAAACAGAGAAAUCUUCCUGCACUGCAAACUGGAGCUGUGCGUCAGGAUGGGAAACUCCUGCCAGCCGACCUGCAAACCUCGCUCUCGCAGGAGGCGCAGAGCCUCUAAAUAUGUGGACAAAAACCCAGCCAUCAUCUCCAUGUCCUGGACGAAAUAAAGACCAUUGAGUAAGAAUGUAAUAUGUGUGUUUAACUUUAAUCCAGUGCCAUCAUCUGCAGGCAGCUCCGCAGUGUUUGCCCCUGUGUGCAGGGAUUAUUAAAUUCUUUAAAAAAUAUAUAUAGACUAAACUGCAAAGAAUAAAUCCUGACGAUAACACCUGAGAUAAUUGACGAUACCGUUGCCUCUGAUUCAAAACAGAUGAAUCACCCAAGCUAUUAAGACACUUAGAUAUCUUACAUAUUUUGUGCAAUAAAGAUAAUGUCCCUUAAUGUUUACUUUCUUUCUAUACCUACUUUAGACAGAUUCGACCUCCUGAAUGCAGAAACUGAAUGUUUGUGUUGAAGUUUAAAGAAGCAUUUCAGCAGGAAGGAAAUCCUGAGCUAAAUGGGAAUCAUAAAAUAUGAGUUAUGAGCAGGUGGAAGUCACGACUAAUGAAGAAAUACAUAAGAACAGUGGUUGCUGCUGAGUGUGAUUAUGUGUUGUAAUAAUGACUAAUACAAUUGAAUAAACGGAGUAAGUAAAUCAAA